CCUUCUUCAUCGCCCACCGAGCAACGCACCCGCCUCGUCUCCUGAGAACCAAAAUCAAGAAGAGGAAGCGAGGAGCCAAGAACCACACACCCUCCUAGACGCCUCCGCCUCCUCCCCACGGGCGCACCCGAGCUCCACCAGCCCUAGCAUUUCCGCUCCCCCCUCUCUCCCUUGUUUCUCCUUCUGCAGGAAAUGGAGGUGGUGGAUUUGGUGUCAUCCGACUCCGAGGACGAGGCGUGCGCGCACUCGCCUGAUCGGAAGCGUCCUGCCUGGGAGCCCGCGGAUCCAUCCCGCCGCCCCGGGAGUCUUCCCGAGCAGACAAGCAGAAUGGCCUGGCCGCCGCAGCAGCCAAGUCAGGCGGUGAAGAAGGAUAAGGAGAAGGCAGGCGAGGGGGGGAGCGCGUGGGCAGCAGGACCCCCUUCGCUCAGGGGAGGAUCGCAUGGUUCCAGUGCUGGUAUCUUGGGAGCUAGGCCUGCGGGGUGGGAUUCAUGGAGUGCAGCGGCACACAAAUCUAGAGAUGAAAGAAGUGAAACGGCCGAGUGUUGUUGGGGAACUUGGGGUGAUGAGAUUUGCAGAUCAGUCUCUGUGCCCAACGAAGAUGGUGCUGCGAUGCCUGGACAGAGCUCUAUGGCCAUUCCUGAGCUACUCAUGGAAGACAGUAGCGCAUGGCUGUCGAGGAUCAAGGGGCUCCAUUUCCCACUCCCUGACGAGAGCCAGUUGAAAGCCAGGCAAAUUCAGUCAGAUGAGAUGCUUGCUCUUAAGCUUCAAGAGCAGUUCAACCAGGAACAGCCAGGCUCGCAAUCUUCCCAGCAGGUUGAUACGACUCUAGCUUGGACACUGCAAGAGCAAGAUGCUGCGCGUGCCAGAAUUGCUGCGAGAGAGGGCCAAUCUAGUUCUAGCCAGAGGGACCGCUCAAUGGCACACUUGUAUUCAUACGGCUGGCGCUCGCAAGUUCAAGGUUCUACUUCAUGGCCACCUACUCACACAUCAGCUCCAAUAACAAGCAGACGGUGGUUGCCAAGAAACAGCGGCCCGGGAUCAGAGCAACAAAAUAUGAUUAUCUCGCAAUUGACCAAAGGGUGUUUUGGACAAGAAAACAUGGAUUUAGAAAUGAGAAUGGCUGUGCUGGACUCGCUCCAAGAAGCACUUGAAAGCUGUGCCGACACCUAUCCUACAGAUUCAGAUGAUGAUGACUAUGAGAACCUGAUAGCGCUUGAUGACAACAACCAUCGCAGAGGAGCUUCUGACAGUGAAAUUGACAGCUUGCCACUAUCUGUUGCUGAGGGAGAAAGCCGCCGAGACGAGCCCUGCCCUAUAUGCCUGGACUGCCCUGCUGAUGGUGCUCCCCUCCGGCAUCUGCCGUGCGCACACAAAUUCCAUAAAGAGUGCAUCGACAGGUGGCUUCGGAUGAGGACCUCGUGCCCGGUGUGCAAAUCUGCUGUGUUUUGACAGGGCGCCGCCGUACCAACUGCAGCACAUGUUGGAAUAUAUAGCAUGAAAAAUAGAUUAGGCGCCAUUUCAAACGCUCCUGGUGCCGCAGUGCGUAGACAACUUUGUAAUGUUGCGUUACACAAUGCUGGCCGGCUCUCUCUGAGCAGUGAGCAGAGGGUGUUUGAGUGAUGCGGAGCCUCUAUCUAUCUCUUCUGUUGCCUGCGAGAAACAGGGCAUCGCAAAAUAUUGUGUUCCUUUUUGCUGCAAUUUUUGUGCAGGGGAGAUGUGUGAUAUAACCAGAUUUCCAUGUCAUGUGGGCCCUGUCCUGUAGUAGUGAAGGGGAUGAAAGGUUUAUUCUGCUUCA